AUGAAUUUCUUUUCUACUCUUGAGUUUCAUCAAUAUUCCCCUAUACCUACAAUACUAUUUUAAUCAACACCAUAAACCCAAACCGCGAGGCGCAUGUUGCUGCAUACCAUACCAAAAUUAAUUAGUCUACCAGUGUGAACUGUAGCUUCUUCGUUUACCCUUUAUCUGUCGGUUUGUCCAUUUCUUAUUGCCACUUUUCAAAGUUCUUCCUCACGAGACACAAAAAAGAAUUCAAGAUAAAGAGAUUGGAGAUGAGUGAAAAGUAAGAUGAUGAGAAUCGAAUGGGAUGGACAGCAAGAGAAUCAACUCCAAAACCAGAGGGAAGAAAAUGGGAAUGGAGUAAUGUAUGUCAAAGUGAUGACCGAUGAGCAGCUCGAGACUCUCCGCAAGCAGAUCGCUGUUUAUGCCUCCAUCUGCGAGCAGCUGGUCGAUAUGCACAAGAACCUCACUGCCCACCAAGAUCUUACUGGAGGGAGGCUGGGAAAUCUGUACUGUGACCCUUUAAUGACAAGCGGAGGACACAAAAUCAGUGCCAGACAGCGGUGGACACCAACAGCCGUUCAACUCCAAAUCCUGGAGCGUAUAUUCGAGGAGGGGACCGGAACUCCGAGCAAGCAAAAGAUCAAAGAGAUAACCACAGAACUGAGCCAGCACGGCCAAAUUUCCGAAACAAAUGUGUACAACUGGUUUCAGAACAGACGAGCCAGAUCCAAAAGGAAGCAAGUAGUAGUGGCUGCAACCUCCAACAAAAACGGUGCGGAAUCAGAGGUGGAGACCGAAGUGGAGUCACCAAAGACAAAGCCGGAGAAUCUUCUUCUCCUACCUCAAGCUCAACAAGCUGUGUGCUUUCAGAACCCAGCUGAGAUAACCUCUCAACUCCAUUUCUUGGGCGGUGGCUACCACCAUGCAUGGCAGGGUUGAGUUGGAAACGGAUGAAUUCAGUGGGAAUUUUACGCUGCUUUUUUUUUUUCUGUUCAUUUUUAAUCUUGUUAAUAUGAAGGACUCCAGGAAUGUGU